GAUCAUGCCUCAGGAAUACUUGGCCUGAUGACUCCUGGCUGUCCCCAGUCCACCUGGUCGUGCUGCUGCUCCAGUUUCAACUGUUCUGCCUGUGGCUAGGGAACCCUGACCUGUUCACCGGACGUGCUACCCUGUCUCGGCCUGCUGUUUUGCUGUCUCUCUCUCUUUCUUUUUACCGCACCUGCGGUCUCGACCUCUGAAUGCUCCGCUAUGAAAAGGCAACUGACAUCUACUCCUGAGGUACUGACCUGUUGCACCCUCUACAACCACUGUGAUUAUUAUUUGACUCUGCUGGUCAUCUAUGAACGUUUGAACAUCUUGAAGAACAAUCUGGCCUUAAAUGGCCAUGUACUCUUAUAAUCUCCACCCGACACAGCCAGAAGAGGACUGGCCACCCCUCAGAGCCUAGUUCCUCUCUACGUUUCUUUUUAGUUUCCUUGCCUUUCUAUGGAGUUUUUCCUAGCCACCAUGCUUUAACAUCUCCAUUGCUUGCUGUUUGGGGUUUUAGGCUGGGUUUCUGUAUAGCACUUUGUGACAUCUGCUGAUGUAAAAAGGGCUUUAUAAAUACAUUUGAUUGAUUGAUUACAUUUGCAUUGAUGUCAGAGGGAUUAGAGGGACAAUAGAGUGCUGAGUACCAGGCAGUUAGCAAGUUUGGUAGGCUACUGAUGACCAUCAGCAGCAUCAGAGCUUGGAGAAGCCUGUUUACCCUGACUAAACAGUCACGUGGAAUUUGCCUGCCUUCAUGACUCGUGAUUGGUGUGGCGGUAAUACGGUCACCUCAACAUCCCAAGCUUUCAUGUGCCUUUUACUGAGGAGUGGCUUCCGUCUGACCACUUUACCAUAAAAACAUGAUUGGUGGAGUGCUGCAGAAAUGGUUGUCCUCCUGGAAGGUUCUCCCAUCUCCACAGAGGAACUCUGGAGCUCUGUCAGAGUGACCAUAGGGUUCUUGGUCACCACCCUGACCAAGGCCCGUCUCCCCCGAUUGCUCAGUUUGGCCGGGCGGCCAGCUCGUGAAAGAGUCUUGGUGGUUCCAAACUUCUUCCAUUUAAGAAUUAUGGAGGCCACUGUGUUCUUGGGGUAUCUUCAUUUCUGCAAAAAAAAAUUGGUACCCUUCCCCAGAUCUGUGCCUCGAUACAACCCUGUCUCUGAGCUGUACGGACAAUUCCUUCGACUUCAUGGUUUGGUUUUUGCUCUGACAUGCAUUGUCAAAUGUGGGACCUUUAUAUAGACGUGUGUGCCUUUCCAAAUCAUGUCCAAUCAAUUGAAUUUACCACAGGUGGACUCCAAUCAAGUUGUAGAAACAUCUCAAGGGUGAUCAAUGGAAACAGGAUGCAUCGGGCUCAAUUUUGAGUCUCCUAGCAAAGAGUCUGAAUACUUAUGUAAAUAAGGUAUCUGUUUUUAUUUUGAAUAAGUUGGCAAACAUUUCUAAAAACCUGUUCACUUUGUCAUUAUGGGGUAUUGUUUGAAGAUUGAGGUAAAAAUUGUAUUUAAUCAGUUUUAGAAUAAGGCUGUAACUUAACAAAAUCUGGAAAAAGGGAAGGGGUCUGAAUACUUUCCCAAUGCAAUGUACACACACCAUUAUUUAUUUAUAUUUGUAUAUAUUUAUAUUUUUAUAUAAAGGGCCUUCCUCUAACACCGCCUGGUGUAGAGGUCCUGGAUGACAGGCAGCUUAGCCCCAGUGAUGUACUGGGCCGUACACACUACCCUCUGUAGUGCCUUGCAGUCGGAGGCCUAGCAGUUGCCAUACCAGGCAGUAAUGAAACCACUCAGGAUGCUCUCGAUGUUGCAGCUGUAGAACCUUUUGAGGAUCUGAGGACCCAUGCAAAAUCUUUUUAGUUUCUUGAGGGGGAAUAGGCUUUGUCAUGCCCUCUUCACGACUGUCUUGGUGUGUUUGGACCAUUCUAGUUUGUUGGGGAUGUGGACACCAAGGAACUUGAAGCUGUCAACCUGCUCCACUGCAGCCCUGUCGAUUAGAAUGGGGGCGUGCUCAGUCCUCCUUUUCCUAUAGUCCACAAUCAUCUCCUUUGUCUUGAUUAUGCUGGGGGAUAGGUUGUUAUUCUGGCACCACCUGGCCAGGUCUUUGACCUCCCUAUAGGCUGUCUCUUUGUUGUCGGUGAUCAGGUUACCACUGUUGUGUCAUCUGCAAACUUAAUGAUGGUGUUGGAGUUGUGCCUGGCCACGCAGUCGUGGGUGAACAGGGAGUACAGGUUUGGACUGAGCACACACCCCUGAGGGGCUCCAGUGUUGAGGAUCGGCUACGGAGAGCUACAGAGAGCGUGAUCACACAGUAGUCCGGAACAGCUGAUGCUCUCAUGCAUGCCUCAGUGUUGCUUGCCUCGAAGCGAGCAUCGAAGUCAUUAAUCUCGUCUGGUAGGCUCGUGUCAGUGGGCAGCUCGCGGCUGUGCGUCCCUUUGUAGUCUGUAAUAGUUUGCAAGCCCUACCACAUAAGACGAGCGUUGGAGCCAGUGUAGUAGGAUUCAAUCUUAGCCCUGUAUUGGCGCUUUGCCUGUUUUGAUGGUUUGUCGGAGGGCAUAGCAGGAUUUCUUAUAAGCGUUUGGGUUAGUGUCCCGCAUCUUGAAAGCGGCAGCUCUACCCUUUAGCUCAGUGCGAAUGUUGCCUGUAAUCCAUGGCUUCUGGUUGGGGUAUGUACGUACAGACACUGUGGGGAUGACGUCCUUCGAUGCACUUAUUGAUAAAGCCAGUGACUGAUGUGGUGUACUCCUCACUGCCAUUGUAUUUUUUACCCUCUGGUUGUGCUUUUAACAUGUUGAUAAAAAUGAGGUAAAACUGAUUUAAGUUUCCCUGCAUUAAAUUCCCCGGCCACUAGGAGCGCCACCUCUGGGUGAGCGGUUUCCUGUUUGCUUAUUUCCUUAUACAGCUGACUGAGUGCAGUCUUAGUGCCAGCGUCUGUCUGUGGGGUAAAUAAUCAGCCCCAAAAAGUAUGGAUGAAACUACUUCAGGCGAGCAAAAUCUAGACUUCCUUAGAUUUCGUGCACCAGCUGUUGUUUACAAAUAUGCACAGACCCCCGCCCUAACCGGAGUGUGCUGUUCUAUCUUGCCGGUGCAGCGUAUAUCCCGCUAGCUGAAUAUCCAUGUCAUCAUUCACCUACGAUUCCGUGAAACAUAAGAUGUUACAGUUUCUGAUGUCCCGUUGGUAGGAUUUUCGUGAUCGUACCUCGUCUAAUUCAUUGUCCAGUGAUUACACGUUGGCAAGUAACGGCAGCUUUCUCACUCACCGUCUGCAGAUCCUUACGAGGCACCCCACUCUGUGUCCUCUGUACUUGCGUCUCUUUCUCUUGCUAAUGACGGGGAUGUUGGCCUUGUCAGGUGUUCGAAGUACAUCCUGUGUAUCCUGCUUGUUGAAGAAAAAAUCUUAGUCUAAUCCGAGGUGAGUGAUCGCUGUCCUGAUAUCCAGAAGCUCUUUUUUGCCGUAAGAUAGGGUGGCAGAAACAUUAUGUACAAAAUAAGUUACAAAUAACGCGAAAAAACUACUGCUGCCAUUUCUUCCGGCGCCAUUUUACAAUGUUUGGAAGCACUUGGUUGGAGUCAUUGGAGCUAAAGGUGGCACAACCAGUUAUUGAGCGUAAGGGGGCAAUAACUUUUUCACACAGGGGCAUUGGGUGUUGCAGAACUUUGUUUAUGAAAUAAGUAUGUAAUUGUUGUUAUUUGUUCACUCAGGUUCUCUUUAUCUAAUAUUAGGUUUUGGUUGAAGAUCUAACAUUCAGUAUAAAAAAUAUGCAAAAUUAGAAAGGGGCAAAUACUUUUUCACAGCACUGUACAGAAAUGACUUUAUGUCUCCUGCACAAUUUGUGUUUACACUGCAGUCAAUGAGGACCUGCUGAUAUCCGGUGUUACUGGUGGGAGAGACUGGACCUCUGAGGCGGCUGGUCAGAAACUCUGGCCCCGGAUUAGGAAUAGUCUCUUUUCCUUCCCAAGUCGGAACCGGAACCGAACAGGGAGGGAAAGAAACUCCACCACCACCACUACACAGCACACAACCACUGAGCCAGUGGACAGGUGGACUGAACAACCUCAGUCCUGGUGGUCAUCAGAGAGACCAAGGCUGAAUCCCAAAUCACCUCCUUCCCCAGGGCCCAGGGAAUUUGUUAAUUAGAAUGUCAUGCUCGUUUUGUUUAAAAGUGGAAAAUGAAUUGCAUCAUUCAAGUCACGGGUGUGUCCUGAAGUUGAUGGGUUUAUUGAUCCCCUCGCCUAUCUUUGAAAGUCACCCUCGGAGUUUCAUCAGCAACACGUGACAACGGAGGGCCGUCCGGGCGAGUUGGAAGGGGCGGUUUGGGAUUCACCUAGAGGAUCCAGUCUGGGAUCCAGUCUGCAGCACAGAUCCUUCUCUUCAGUCUCAGUGAAGGGAUGGAGCAGGGCCUGGGGCUGAUGGAGAUAGACCCUCCUGUUCCUAUGAUACAAACACCACAGAAUCCAUGAUGAACAGAGCAGGUUACCCUGCGCUUCAGCCUUUAGACAGAGUGGUGGGAGACCCCUCUGGUGGGAGUCUGUCAGCAAGUCUGUACUCUCCUUCAGGAUCUCAUCUAAUGCCUAGUGACUGGGUUCAUAUAAGGGCUUAGACCUGGGUCUAGCCUUCCUCAGUUACCUCAGGGUUACCCCACAAAUACAGACAGGGUCAGGGUGGGCUUUCACCACGAGAGGUACCUAGCCUAUAACACAGCACACAAUCCCACCAACACCCAAAACAAUGUCUAGAGGAGGGAGCUCAAAGACAAACCACCUGAGGGUGAUGGCUCUUGCUCCUACCCCCUCUGGUGUCAUUGGGUCACAAUGUGGGAGGCCGAGCGUUAGGAUGGACGGAGACAAGCCGUACGCCUGCCCCACUUGUGGCAAGCGCUUUUCUAAGGUGAACUAUGUGAAGAGGCACCAGACUGUUCACACCAUGGAGAGGUCCUUCAAGUGUAAGCUAUGUUACAAGAGCUUCUCCUUCCUGAGUGACCUUCAGACACAGGAAUGUCCACAAAAGGGGAAAAUUGUAUUACUGUGGCUUGCAUUUCGCUGCACCUGCGAUAACAUUCUUUGAAGUGUCCUGGGGGAAGUGUUUUUUUUUUCAUUAUUACUACGUCCCUCAGUUGAGCAUCUGGAUAUGAUCACAUUCUCACAUGAUACAGACUUGUUGUUUGGUGUGCUGGCAUGGCCAAAACACUGUCAUGUUAUUGAAUUGUAACACUAUAUUUCCCCUCUGAAUGUAGUUGUGCCUACGGCCUAUUCAUAAAAUACACCUUUUUUAUAACACCUUUAGAACAAGUCAGGUCUGCUGAGAAGACAUGUAUCCGGUGUAAAGCAUAGCAGGAGAAUUUGCGACAAACCUUUACUUGGAGAUACUUCCUUAAUUCCCAACUUGGAAGAUAACCCAUGUCUUCUAAACUUCCAUAGCUAGUUGCAGGUGGUUCAUUGGAAUUUAGGAAACAGUUUUUAAAUUAAAUCAAUUUGAAAACCCUGAGCAGUCGACAGAUGGUGAACUCUCAGAAAUUAAACCUGACAAAAGUGAAGAUGCCAACCAAUAAUAUCCUUUCUCUAAAGUAAAGCAGAGGCCAGUGAUUAAUAAAAGCAGUGGUAAAAAACAAAAUGGCAAGAGUUGUGGAAUAGGGACGGAAAGGGAAGAGACCUGUAUAGGAUCCAGGAAAACGUGAGGGCGGGGAGUUCCUCGGUUCGAGAGGGAAACGUAAUCACAAGGCUGAGACUGGGACUCAUGAGACUCAACAGCACUUUGAAAUUAGUAGGGAAACAUCCAACUGGGAAGUGUGAUCACUGCCAGGAGGAGAUUGAGACAGUGGGACAAAUUAUAUUUCACUGCCAUCUGUAUUGGAGGGAAAGGGACUAUUUGUUAUUAGGAAUAUUGGUAUUGAAGAGCCAAGUUUAAUUGAAUUGUUAGGAAACCCUUAAGGUGAUAUUGUAUUUGAAUGAUGUAUUCUAUUUCCUUAGGGAGAAGGCCGGGUUUAAUUGGGUAAAGUUAAACUUGAGACAUUCCCUGUCUCUGUUCCACACUCCAGUCCAGUUGGUGGCGGUAAGGCAUCACUAACAGUUGGUUGCCAACCGCCAUUUAAGACCAGUGAAGAAUAAGUGUAAACGGAAGUGACCAUGACCAACUUCCAUGUUAGCGUUUAUAUUGUUGUUAUUUAGACGUUUAUUAACACAUUGGAACUCAAAAUAUGACUCUUAACUGCACAUUAUAACAUAAUUAUCCCAGGUAGUCUUUAAGUCGCGUUGGAGACGGGACUUGGUUGAUAUUUUAUCAAGGUAACAUUAGCUAGCUGCUAAUGUUAGCUAACAAUGGCUAACUGUAUGGUUUUUCACACUCAAAUAGCCUCCAUCAUGGAGGUGCUAGCGAAUGCCGCCGUGGUAGAGGUCUGUAAACUUGUAGACGACGACUAUGCAGUGUUUCGUUUGGAAAUAACUCAAAGCCAGAAAGAAAACAGGGCAUUACGGAGGAAACUACAGCUACUGGAACUGAAGGUGGCACGGGAGCGUGCAGAGAGGACAACGCCAGACCGCGUCCUCUCCAGUUUCCCCAGUAGUUUCAAGUCCCUCGACCGAUACAGAGGAAUGACAAGAGGUGAAGGACAUCUCACUGGAGGCUACAGGAGCUUUGUGAAGCCAGCGGGACACAAUACAUGGAGAGAUGACCAACCAAUCACUGUUGAUGAGGAGAGUGGAACCGCAACCCAGCAUGUUAUCGUAAUAGAGUCUGCAGAUACAGAGGCUGCAGGUCCUGGAGGAUCGUCUCUGGUCAAGCAGGAGAGGACUGAAGGAGACGACCCACAACACAGCAGAGACAUCCAGACUGGAGCAGCGGCUGGAGUGGCACCCCCUGUAGCUACGGACGACCUCGCCACCACGCCCCAGCCCAGGACCCGACGUAGCAUUACGGAGGAGGAGGGUCCAGAAGUGCUUCUGGUGAAGGAGGAGGGCUGUGAUGAGGGUCUGGGGAACCCUGAGGGGACCAUGGUCAUGGAGGACAACCAGACUACACCACCUCCUGGACCCACAGAGGAGCCAGCUGAGCAGCACAGGACCACACACAGUCUCACUGAGUCAGUAAACAACAUGGAGGAUGGGAAGCCUGAUCUGCUGCUGGUGAAAGAGGAGACAAUAGAAGACGGACAAGAGAGCAUUGAUCUGCUGAGUGGACUAACGAUGGGGGAGCAAGGUGGUUGGCUGGAGGCUAACAGAGGAGACUGGGCGGCCAGCUUGGAUUCCCAGACCCAGAUGGGUGCAGCCAAGGGCCCAGGGGACAACAUCAACGAGCAUGCCAGGACCAGAAGCGACAUAGUGGAAGUCAGUGGAUGGGACAGCGUCCUCAACUCUGGGCUGUGGAACAACACUGUUAACCUCAACCAGAAACCGACAGUGGAACACAAAACAACAUCCAAACUUAGUCUCCAAGACAACAGACUGGCUGAGACUAGUGUAAGGCGUAGAUUUGGUCUGCGGGGACGAGGUGAUGUCUGUAUGCAGCGAGAGCGAACAGAUACAGACUCCGCUAGCGAUGCUCCGUCCUGCUCCUAUAGUUGUGAUUCAGAGAGACUGAUGGCGCCUCAGGUUAACCCCCCAACAGGUGCUGCCUUCAGCCUGCCUUCUAUAGGAUCUAUCAACUGGAACAUGGACCCUGUGACAACACAGACACUCCCUGGCCUUCAUCCUCCUCAAACUCUCCUAAUGUUAAACCAGAACUCAGACAAUGCCAGUGCCUCAACACUAAAUGGCUAUACAAGCUCAUUGACAAAUGAAAAUAGUAGAGAUGGAAUCAGUAAAGGUGAUAUUGCCAUAGAGAAGCGCUUCCCGUGUUCGUUCUGUGGGAAAGUCUUCAGUUUCUCCAAACAGGUAGAGAUCCACCAGAGGGUGCACACGGGGGAGAAACAAUUUGGCUGCCACCUGUGCCGAGCCAGUUUUUCACACUCGUUCAGCCUGAAGAGACACCAGAGAGUCCACACAGGGGAGAAACCGUUUAGCUGUACCCAGUGUCACAUGCGCUUCGCCCAGGCUGGUGACUUGAAGAGGCACCAGAGGGUCCACACGGGAGAGAAACCCUACAGCUGCCUCCAGUGUGAGAAGAGGUUCACCCGCCAGGACCAGCUGAAGAUGCACCUAAAGGUCCACAUGGGAGAAAGGCCGUUCGCCUGUACGCACUGCGGGAAGAGGUUCUCAGAGAGGAGCUACCUCAGGAUACACCAGCAGAAAAACCAUCCCACUCUAUAACAUGGAAAGUAACCAUUCCUCUUGAUAGCUUCUGAUGUUUAGAUCAAAUCAUGCAUUAAAGACAGAUUCACUUUCAUUGUUGUCAGCAGAAAAGAGCCACCGAUGCAUUUGGAAUAACCACAGUAGCAUAUUUCAGUGUUGAAUAUUCCUGGUUAAAAUACUGCAUCCAGACAUUGUGUGAUAUAUAAGCCUAAAAAGUCUGUUACAUAGUGUUUGUACUGUGUAGGCUAUAUGAUGUUCACAAAUUCAUUUUAUUAUUUAGCCUCAAACUUAAUGAGAAAAGGAAUGCAGUUCAUCAAGUUCAUGCUGAUUUUUUGUUGUUGUUGAAUAUGAAUAUUUUUUGUAUAUGUGUGGUUUUCAUAUUGUGUAUUUAAAUCUGUUUAAUAAACACAAUGGGACUUUUCAUUAAGACUUUA